AUGUAUGCAAAUGCCAUGCAAACGAACUGCGGUACCACUUACCUGGCCCCUCGGGUUCUUGCAUCUGGCUUGCAUCUGGGUGGUGGAUGGGCCGCUUGUUGGCCAGAGGUGGCUGCAUUGGCUGGCGUGAUGGCACCCAUGGAUCGGGAAUCGGAAACCUGGAGUUGCACGAGGUGGGCUGGCACAGGAUGCAAGGGAACUGCAAGAGAGAACCACGAUGUUGGGUUCCCAACCAUAUUCGGAAAUUCUCCAAGGAAAAAGGUCACAGGGUAUCCGUGCAUGAUGCAUGUCACCUAUGACAGCAUGGUGCUUGGCGACACAGCAGGGCAAACACGCAUGCGUUAUCGGAAUCGAGACUGUAAGGGCGCACAGAAUCGUGUCGGUGCAUACGGUCUGGUGGGACGGUGGAACGUUGCGAGGGCCAUGGGUUUGGGCUGCGCGCUAGGCGAGUUGCCGGUUUGUUUUAGAUGGAUUGGCGUUGAGGUGGGACGGACGGGGAGGGGGAGGGGUCGAGAGGGGAAAGAAGAUAGGGAGAUUGGAAAAUCAUGUGAAAUGUGCACGGAGUAG